AUGGCGGACUUUGUCAAGCUCUCAAUCUUCGGAACCGUCUUUGAGGUGACGACGCGUUAUGUCGACCUCCAGCCUGUGGGCAUGGGCGCCUUUGGCCUUGUCUGUUCCGCAAAGGACCAGUUGUCUGGCACGUCGGUGGCGAUCAAGAAGAUUAUGAAGCCCUUCUCGACCCCGGUUCUGAGCAAGAGGACGUACCGCGAGCUCAAGCUUCUCAAGCACCUUCGCCAUGAAAACAUCAUCUCUCUCAGCGACAUCUUCAUCUCGCCUCUCGAGGACAUUUACUUUGUCACCGAGCUCCUCGGUACCGACCUGCACCGUCUCUUGACGUCGCGGCCACUUGAGAAGCAGUUCAUCCAGUACUUCCUGUACCAGAUCCUCCGUGGCCUCAAGUAUGUGCACUCGGCCGGCGUCGUCCACCGUGACCUCAAGCCGUCCAACAUUCUCGUCAACGAGAACUGUGACCUCAAGAUCUGUGACUUUGGCCUUGCGCGCAUCCAGGACCCCCAGAUGACCGGAUACGUCUCGACGCGUUACUACCGUGCGCCCGAGAUCAUGUUGACUUGGCAAAAGUACGACGUUGCAGUGGACAUUUGGAGUACGGGUUGUAUCUUUGCCGAGAUGCUCGAGGGCAAGCCGCUGUUCCCAGGGAAGGACCACGUCAACCAGUUCUCGAUCAUCACCGAACUGCUUGGCACUCCCCCCGACGACGUCAUCCAAACCAUCGCUAGCGAGAACACUCUCCGCUUCGUGCAGAGCUUGCCCAAGAGGGAGAAGGUGCCGUUUGCGACCAAGUUCCCGAGCGCGGACCCGCUUUCGCUCGACCUGCUUGAGAAGAUGCUCGUCUUUGACCCGCGCACACGUAUCUCCGCAACGGAGGGCCUGGCGCACGAGUACCUGGCGCCGUACCACGACCCCACCGACGAGCCCGUCGCUGCCGAGGUCUUUGACUGGUCGUUCAACGACGCGGACCUGCCCGUCGACACCUGGAAGGUCAUGAUGUACUCUGACAUUCUCGACUUCCACAACCUCGGCGACAUGACCCAACAGGACGCCGAGGGCCCCGUGACCGGCGAGCAGGCCGUCGCUGCUGCCGUGGCCUAA